AUGGACUUCGAACGCCCCGACUUCAGCUCUGGCCAGCCAAAGCGCCGGAGAAGAAACUAUGCUCGCAAUCGGCUGCGUAAUAAGGCGCCCGUUUCUGCGCGUCUCUCACUUGACCAUCACUUGCGGGGCAGCGUCGGUGUCGUGUCCGACGACUUGGCCAACGACCUCUUUCAACCCUCAGAUCCGACCGAUGACUUCCAAGAUGACUCCGGCAUCCGCUAUAUCGCAAUCUCCCCGUACUUACCCGGCCCGAGCUCAGUCGAGGCAUUGACCUGGACCGUCGUUCCCGUCCGCCCGCAAUCCGCUGGUCGCUCGAAUGAAUCACCGCUCCCAAAUUCAACAAUCAUAUUCCCCGACUCUGCCGAUUCCUUGCAGCCAUUUGUCCGCGCUUUGAGCAAGUUGGACCCUACCCGGCAAUCCCCGCAGACCUUGCGCUUAAUCGAGAUCCGAGUCCUGGACGUGGUUCCUUUGCCUCUCGAUACAAUAUAUGUGACUGUGGAGCGAGACCUCCUGCGCAAUCACGAUGAUGUCCAGAGCAAAUUUGGCGGCGGAUUCAAUUCCAACGUACCCAAUGGGCUCUGGGGCAGAGGGAAAGGGCAGGAACCCAAGAGAUACUCAAAAAGAGCAGCAGCGGAGGUUGAGGGGAGGCUUACAGCCGCUGUGCGCGAGGCCUUGGGAACGCAGCGGGUUGUACAUACUGGUGACUCGCUGCCCCUUCCUUUGCCGCCGCAUCCGAUCACCUAUGCUCCGGCCCCUCCUGCGCUCAUUUCAUUCUGUGAACCGGUCUCCCAGGGCCUCUUGCUUCCCACCACCAAGAUUGUACUCAUUCAGGCCCGUCCACAUGGCAACCGACCACAGCGAAGCAUGCGGCCACCAUCCGGCUUCCUCAAACAAGUGGCUGAAGAUGACGCGGACGACACUUCCAAUGAACAGUUCUAUUCGGCCGCAGAGGAUAAGCCGGUUGACGAUAGUACCGAGAUGGAAAGCACAUCCAACGCAGAAGAAUCGGAAACUGAAGGGUCUGGCGGAAAUCUGAGCGAUUCGUCGGAUGAUUCAUUGGAUGACAUGAUUUCGCUCAGUGCACCCGAGCUGCCCCAACCGGCCUCUGGUGUGAUGUCCGGGAUGACUUCGGCUACGCCUCGUGGCCGACGUAUGGAUGGAAUACACACACCUGGGUCCAUAGUGUCGAACCUCACCUCCUCGACCAUACGCCCUGGCCGGCAAGGCGGUGGAAAGGUUUUUAAGGCAGAGGGAUUACUCCGGAGCAUUCCGAACGAACUUCUCUACCCAAAACCCAGGGCUGAUGACGAUGUGGAGGCUGUUAUCUUUGUCGACAUUAGCACGUUGGCGAAGAUUGGCUGUUUCUCGGGAGAUUGGGUCCGCAUAGAACCCUCUGAGGAGCCCCAAACAAACAUCUUUUCCUCGAUUAAGCUGGGAAGCUUUCAUGAACAGUAUGAAGAUGGCGACUGGCGCGCAGUCAAAAUCUACGGUCUCCCCGGCCUCCCCUCCGCGAAACCCCGCUAUGCAAUCAAGCAGUCUGGCGAUAGGCGUAUGAGCUUCUCCCAGCGACCCGGAAUGCGCAUGACGCCGUCCGUAUUUGUGCCUCCAAUUCUUCUGAACAAUAUCGACAACCCGAAAUAUGUCCGACUAUCUCCGAUGAAUCUUAAUGUUGGAGGACCCAAGUCCGGCGUCUUGCAUCAGAUGAAAACCGCCGCUCGCAGCCCCCCGUUGGCGAAGGAAGUGACCUUGCUCAAGGUCAGCACACCGUUAUCAAUGGAUCGUGUCCUGCAGCCAGCCCUAUUUGCCGGACUGAAACAGUACUUCGAAUCAACACGCCGUCUGCUAAAGAGCGGCGAUCUACUUGGAAUAAGCAUUGAUGAGACUCUUGGUAAGGCUGUUUUUUCGGGAACUGCUGCCAACGAUGGCGGGCAGGAUGAUGAUAUCGCAAUCAAAUUAGGUCCUGGGGCCGAUACUGAUGGCUCCGGAGUGAAGAAGGUUGGUGUCGCCUGGUUUCGCGUCGGCCAGGUUAUCCCUAGCCUGCCAGAUGAUCAGGAUGACAUUGGAGAGUUCGACUGGGGUGGCGUUGCUAUUAUAGAUCCGGCUACGACACGGAUGGUUCAGGCUGGAAGCGACGUCAGCCGUAUUCCAAACACCCUCAAUAACGGCUGGGAGUACUGGCUUGGAACCAAGUCUAUUCCCAAACCCGUGGUCGACGCUCAGACGAUACACGGUGUCGUGACAGAGCUGCCGCAGCCAUUUAUUUCCCCAGUACAGCAACGUAUUCGAGAUCUCAUGUCUGUGGCUACAAGCACGCGUGCGAUUCAGCUCGGGAUGAAGCCUGUAGUCAUUCUGCUGAGGUCUCAGCAACGUCAUAUCGGAAAGGCCAGCCUAGCAACUCGUGCGUGCUCAGAUAUCGGACUUCAUACAUUCCCAAUCGACGCCUACGAUAUCCUCACCGAAGGCGGUGCCAAUGGCGGCGAUGUCAAGACCGAGGCAUAUUUGAAAGCCCGAGCAGAGCGUGCAUUCCACUGCGGUACUGACUGCACGGCCCUUUUGAUCAAGCAUAUUGAGGUUCUGACUGCAGACCGAAUUGUUUCAGCCAUGACCGAGAUCCUGGCGGACGCUCGGGUUAUCAUUGCCACGACCACAGAUGUUGAGCAGAUCCCCGAGGGUAUCCGCAGCCUAUUCACACACGAAUUCGAAAUCACCGCUCCGGAAGAGAAAGACCGAGAGGGAAUCCUUCGGAAUGCCGUCUCUGAGCGCAGCAUCAAAUUAGCACCUGAUGCCGACCUCGGAACGGUUGCCCUCAAGACUGCUGCGCUUGUCGCGGGAGACUUGGUGGAUGUCGUUGAACGCGCUGCGGUGGCGCGGUCAGGACGACUUGAGAAGCUCGCUGAAAUCGCUAGCAAACAGUCCUCCAACACUAAGAUUACUGUCCGCGAUGUCCUCCUUGCCGGAGGAGAAGCAGUGCGAGGUGUCACCAAAGCAGACUUUGACACUGCUGUCGAAGCAGCAAGGAAGAAUUUCGCCGACUCUAUCGGCGCUCCCAAGAUUCCCAAUGUCAGCUGGGACGACGUCGGUGGUCUCACAAAUGUCAAGGACGCCCUGGUGGAAACUAUCCAACUGCCUUUGGAGCGCCCCGAGCUGUUCGCAAAGGGCAUGAAGAAGCGAAGUGGUAUCUUGUUCUACGGUCCUCCUGGUACUGGAAAGACCCUUCUUGCCAAGGCUAUAGCUACGGAGUUCUCUCUGAACUUCUUCUCCGUCAAGGGACCCGAAUUGCUCAACAUGUAUAUUGGUGAGUCUGAAGCGAAUGUCCGGCGCGUCUUCCAGCGUGCACGCGACGCCCGGCCGUGCGUUGUGUUCUUUGAUGAACUCGACUCUGUUGCUCCCAAGCGAGGAAACCAAGGUGAUAGCGGUGGUGUAAUGGACCGAAUUGUCAGUCAGCUUCUCGCCGAGCUCGACGGUAUGAACGGGGGAGAAGAGAACAGUGGUGGUGUGUUCGUCAUCGGUGCCACCAACCGACCUGAUCUUCUCGAUACGGCGCUUCUCCGUCCAGGUCGUUUCGACAAGAUGCUUUACCUUGGAGUUUCUGAUACCCAUGAUAAGCAAGCUACCAUUUUGGAGGCGUUGACGAGGAAGUUCGCACUCGCUCCCGACCUUUCCCUGGGCCGAGUUUCCGAGCGACUCCCUCUCACCUACACCGGUGCUGAUCUUUACGCUCUGUGCUCCGAUGCCAUGCUCAAGGCCAUCACUCGCAAAGCUACUGCGGUGGACGAGAAGAUUAAGCAGCUCCCUGGUGGACCAGUCAGCACCGCGUACUUCUUCGAUCAUCUUGCCACCCCCGAGGAUGUCUCUGUAAUGGUCACGGAGGAGGACUUUGACUCGGCGCAAGGCGAGCUUGUCCCCAGUGUUAGCACCAAAGAACUAGAGCACUUCGAAAGAAUCCGCCAAAUGUUCGAGUCCACCGACAAACAAAAGCAAGAAAACCCACAAUCCGCACCCCAAACCAUCGCGGAAGCAAUCGAGGCUAUGAAACUCGGAAACGACCCCGACGGCAUCAUCGGCGGCCCCGUCACAAACGGCGAUGGCGACCAGGCUGCCGACACUGGUAAGGGGAAGGGCAAGCAAGCAGCGUCGGCUGGCAUGCGGAGCGCCAGCGGCCACUCGGUUGCCAGUAAAGGCAAGGGGAAGGGCACGGCAGGUAAUCCCAGGAAGAACAGGCCUAUUGCCAUUGCCAAUGGCGACUCGGACUCGUCGCUUGAUGGGACCGACGGAGUUAAUGGUGAUGAUGACUAUGUUAUUCGGACCGAUCACCUGGCAAAGACGGAUGGGUCUGAUUGA